UUUCUGAUAUAAUUGUAAAUAAGUUGCAUCCCACAAAAUAUCUACACUAUUAUUAUUAUUAUUAUUAUUAUUAACAAUCAAUCAUCAUCAGUUGAGUUAUUUUGCAUUUUAAUAUUUUAUAUGCGUAAAAAUUAAGAAAAUAUAAAAUAUACACACACAUUCAUAUAUAUAUAGAGAUCCCUCACCUGGUUUUGUGCCAAUCUGCGGCUGCUGGCUUUGUCACUUGAAGCUCUUUCUGCUAUUCUCCUGUCGUUUUUGACGUCGUUGGUGUUGAUGUUGUAUUGUGUUUGAGCGAUGCAGCAGUGUUACAUAAAUCUCUUAAUAACUGCAUGAUGACUUUCACCAGGUCCACAAAGUGCUGACCAUGAUUAUAAAUACUGACGACAAAAGUAACCCUCGUCAAAUUUUAUGUGUCUACGUGCAACUUUUAUGGGUGUCAUUAAAGCGAAGCAUGUCACCAGGAGUACAAAUGUAAUCAUUCGAAGCAUCACGGUUGUUGCAAGUCCAUUUGUACGCCAAAAACACCAAAAUUACACUCCUAAAAAUAAAGGUUCCCAGUGGCAUCGAUGAUUACAUGAAGAACCCUCAACAUCUGUUCCACAAGGGUCCUUAAUAGUGGAGGAAAGUUCUUUAGAUGUUCUUCACACUAAGGAAAACAAGGUUAUUUUAAAAAGUAAAGUUCUACGUGGAAACAAAAUGGUUCUUCUACACUUUUAAAUAUAAAGGUUCUAAAAGUGCUUUAGAAGCCCAUAGAAGCUUUCAGUGAACAGUUCUUAAAAGAACCAUUUUUUCUUGCGUGUACAACAUUUUAAAGUGCUCCUGUUAAUAUUAGGUUAAUAUUUAGUUUUUGGGAGUCCCAAACAACAGGUUGACAUGCAUGCAAACGUUUGCAGUUUUUUUAUAAUAUGCAUUUAUUUUUACCUUGCUCGUUCAACGGCUCCCAAAUGAUUCGUUCAACAACCUUUCCCGGGGUUUUCGUUUAAAGCGGCGUUUGUGAGCUUUCAACGCUUCAAAGCACCACCUAGCGACCUAACGGUUUUUGGGUUUUUUUUUUUCAAACCAGCGCAAAAAGACCAAUAAGUGGGCGGGCAAUAUGCUAAUGCUGACUCCGACAUGAGGCUUGAGAUUCGUUUUAAAAACGACUCGUUUCAAUAAUUCACAGCCGACUCUUUCUUUUGAGAAACAACUUUACACACGAUGCAGUUUCAGAUUGAGAACUUUGCAGAAAGUUUUCAUUUACUUAAAUUUACUCAAAAUUAAAGAUCGUUUUCCAAAAUCCAUAAUAGUAGUACUUUGAACAUCUAAAGGACCUUCUUUGACCAUAAAUGUUUCGUAGAUGUUAAGGGUUCUUCGUGGAACCAUCAAGGCCAGUGAAGAACCUUUAUUUUUGAGUGACUUGAGAGAAAUCACUCACACUCCCUGGUAAAACUAGGCUCUUUUACGGCCCCUAGAGGAGGAGCCGCACUUCUAAGGUGACUUGUUUUAGCAUGUAGUCGCUGUGAGGUCGCACAUGCAGAACUCUCAUGGGAUAAAUGACUGAUUUAUCCAAACCUGUAACCGUUUCUUCUCUCCCAAUGUUUGUCUUUCCUCUCGUUCCUUUCGUGUCCCCGGCUCUCCCUCAGUGGGGCGGUGCCCGGGGGCCAGAAAGGGGGCCGCGGGGGUGGAUUGGGGACGGAGGGGGGCCGUCGCGCAGCGACAGCGUGAGGAGCAUGAUGACGGGGGGCAUUAAAGCCGGCAGGUGGCAGACGGUGCAAAGCCGCCUGCAUUCGGGAGACUUCAAGAACGGCAAUUUGUCUGACCAUGCCCUCUCCUCGGUUGAGACCUUGGACAACAUCCCGACGAUGGGGGCGAUGCCUCGGCCGCGAACGUUACUGCGUCAGCAGAGCCUCCAGCAACCCUUGAUCCAGGCUCCGGCCCCAAGUUUGGCCAGCAGGCCGCCCAUCUCCCAGAGUCUGGGUCAGCUGCACUCCCAGCCAGGUAGUGGAGGGGGCGGAGGGGCGGGGCCUGGAGGAGGGGGCGGGGCAGGCUCAAGGAGCUCCAGGGGCGGCCCAGCAGGUGGCGGAGCCUCACGCCAUAGACCAGGAGUCUCUCGUGGGAACCCUGGCAGUGUGGAUCACAUGAUGGGUCAGAUAAAGAGACGAGGCCUGGACGUUAAAUCCUUCCUGGAAGGAAAAAUGGUGGUUCUCUCUCUCGCGAUCGGAUUGGCGGAGCAGGACGACUUUGCCAAUCUGCCAGACCUACAGGAAGUACCGCCCAGUCAAGAAACCCCUCCUGACAAGAGUAGGAAUAUGGGGAAUAAGCCAGCUAACAGUCCUAAGGGUCAGCCUCCAGACGCCGACGGCCAUUCCUCGGUGUCUGACCUUGCCAACUCGCUCACUGGAGACAUGGUGAUGUUGUCUCCGGGGUCAGAAGAUGACGACCACGAGGGUCCGGUGAGCGAGAAACUGGGCAGGAUUCAGUUCAGCUUGGGCUACAGCUUCCAAGACACCACUCUGACGGUGAAGAUACUCAAAGGUCAAGACCUGCCUGCUAAAGACUUCUCUGGGACGUCCGACCCCUUCGUCAAAAUAUACCUACUGCCUGACAGAAAGCACAAACUCGAGACCAAAGUCAAGAGGAAAAAUCUCAACCCUCACUGGAACGAAACCUUCCUGUUUGAAGGGUUCCCGUAUGAGAAGGUGCGGGAGCGAACGCUGUACCUCCAGGUGCUGGAUUACGAUCGGUUCAGCCGCAACGACCCGAUCGGAGAGGUCUCGAUUCCUCUGAAUAAAGUGGAGCUCGGGCAGCUGAAGUCGUUCUGGAAGGAUCUCAAACCCUGCAGCGAUGGCAGCGGAAGUCGUGGAGAUCUGCUGCUGUCUCUGUGUUAUAACCCUACUGCCAACACCAUCACUGUUAACAUCAUAAAAGCUCGCAACCUCAAAGCCAUGGACAUCGGGGGCACCUCAGACCCGUAUGUAAAAGUAUGGCUGAUGCACAAAGACAAGCGAGUGGAGAAGAAGAAGACGGUGACCAUCAAGCGCUGCCUGAACCCCGUUUUUAACGAGUCCUUCCCUUUCGACGUGCCCGCUCAUGUUCUCCGAGAGACCACCAUCAUCAUCACCGUCAUGGACAAGGAUCGACUGAGCCGCAACGACGUCAUUGGAAAGAUCUACUUGUCUUGGAAGAGCGGUCCUGGCGAGGUCAAGCACUGGAAGGACAUGUUGAGCCGGCCUCGCACAAACGUGGCCCAGUGGCACGCCCUCAAAGCCUGAUUUGCCCUCUACAUUUCCCAUUUUCUCCCCCCCCCCCCCUCGAACCCCAUUUGACCUUUGACCCGAAACCCCGUCCUUAUGCACAAGACUAACUUGCUGCCAGACGGCACAACACGGGUACUUCUAGCCAUCCACUCUUGUAACCUUUAACCUUUGAGCUUCUCUCUCUCCACUUUAUUUCCUCUGGUAACAUGUAGUCCAAACGCCUGCUCGCUAGCUAAUUACGCCAACGGUUCUUUUGCCCAUUAGCAUCCGUUCCGGACUCUGGGAUAGUCGCUAAAUCCAACAAAGCCAUUCAAAGAGAGCGUCCGCGCCGCCACUACACGUUACCAGGAUGCCGUUUCCUUCCUGCUUUGGUUUUGCAGCCCCAUUCCCUCGUGUUCCUCGGGCUGAAGAGCUCUGACAUCUUUCAGAUGUGUGAACGAAUCAGCUCGGCCCCCGUCCCUCGUCUCAUCGACCAACCUCGCGUCUAGACCCGGAGGCUCACGGGAGCUCAUUUGGCAGCCUUUAAAUUGGCCACCGCUGAAACGGAUCGAGUCGAAGGAACUCUGGGAGUUGUAUUUUUCCAGGUCUCAGACGUCCCGUGCGAGUAAUUAAAGCCAUGAGGGGAAACGAGACGCCCUCUUUCCAUUAGCAGCCUCUCAGUUCUUCUAGUCUCCAUUUAUAGUUGUUUUUCUCGAAAUCCCUGGCCUCUCCAAGCCGUCUUUCCCACUUGACCCGAUUUUCCGUAACUUUGUUCCUUCCUUCUAUCUAUCUAUCUAUCUAUCUAUCUAUCUAUCUAUCUAUCUAUCUAUCUAUCCUCUCUUUCUUCUCCUUCUAAGUAAACAGCUCCGAUUGGUUCAGCUGAAAGCCGCAGACAUUGAAACCUUACGCCAUCUGGAGACUUAAAGACAGCAGAUGAACUCCAUCCUGGUCUCUUUUGCUUUUUUCCUCUGUGGUUUCUCUUUAUCGCUGGCACAAUAGUAGUGAAGUCCCUCUUUUUCUCGGGAUCCCUUGUCGUCCGUGUGCUGUGAGUGACGUGUCGUAGAUUCCAACCAAAAUAUCGUUAAAAAAACAUUAACCACCAGGGCGGGGAAAAAGAAAACGACUUUCUCGAAGGAUCGUUCCAGGUCUUCUGGGACAGAAUCCGGAUGGAAGGGAGAAAAAAAAUACACACACAUACAAAAAAAAAAAAAUUUAAAGAACUACGUUGAUGUCAUCUUUUUUUGUCAUCAUUUGAAGAAACCAAUCAGAAUUGUUCUUCCAGAUUUGCUGUGAAAUAUAGAAGCAAAAAGCUUAUUUUGCGCCGCGUGCGCCGGAUAGUUCUCGCCACACUUUGCUCUAGUGACGUGUUUCUUUGUGUGUGUGUGUGUGUGUGUGUGUGUGUGUGUGUGUGUGCGCUGAUAGGGGCUCAUCUUUUACACAAACCCUACAGUUAACGGAAAAAAACCUGCCUUUACCCGCGUAUGUGUGCGUACGAGACUGUUUCAGGACGUAGUGGGGAUGAAUCUCACCGAAACAUGACCUGGUCACGUUUUAUCGCAAAAAUCAAUGGAAAAAAACGAUGACAUUUUAUUUGGAAUAAAGAAAACGAAGAAUGAUUUUAAGCACAAUUACAUUUUUUAUUGUGACAAUAUUUGCAUGAAAGACACGUCCGCAUCCAAAUGCUCAUAUUAUAACUAGAUAACAAUUUAUAUUAAAUUAAAAAAUAAAAAGCGGUACCAUGCUGCCAUGUAUGUAUAUAUAUAUAGAACUGCAAUUAAAACUAUUCUAAUUGAAAUACUAUAAUAAAUAUAUAAUUUUAUGACAAUUUUUAAUGAUUUUUUUAUUUAAUACAAAUAAAAUUGAUUUUUAUAUAUGUAAUAAUUGGUAUUACGCGCAUUUUCAUUCAAUUAUUUACUUUCUCCUAUGAUUCUUGCUAUUCUAAAUGUCGACUCUGGUGACCUUAAUACAUUUUUUCCCGCCUAAAAUAAAGCAUACACUAAAGCGGUGCGAUUAAUAUUACUGCACGUAUGAAUAUUUUACAAUUCAAAUAACGCGUAAUUUUUUUUACACUGUGGUAAUGGGGUGAAAUGUGUCGUGGAAAUAAUGUCGCAACUGCCAAAAAAGGGUAAUGGUCUGAAAAACAGGCUUCGUUUUCUUUACGCAAAUACAUACCUCGUUUCUUUCUUUUGAUUAUGAGGUAAAACAGGACCCAGGCAUGUUCCUGACAGGUUUCGUGAGAUUCGCCCGUGCGCGUAUUACAGCAUUAAUGUGUAUCUUCAUUGAUGUUACAAAUAAUCAAAGUGUGUGAAUAUGCUGCUCUAUUUUCUCAUGGCUUCCUUCCGUCUUAUUAUGAGACUCUUUUUCUCUUUUCUCCUCUGAAGAGAGGUGGAGAAAUUCGAGCUGCACUUUUUAAUGGUGUAACACUGAGAAAUAUAAUAGUAAUUGUUAAUACAAUAAUAAAUAGUUUUUGUAUCUUAAGGGAGGAGCGUUUUAAAGAGCAAACGGCGCGUUCGGGGAGGCUGGCCUGUGCUGGACAGACGAUCUCUCUCUCUCUCUCUCUCUCUCUUUCUCUCUCUGUCAAAUGUUUUGUUUUUCUGUAUACGUGAUUGGUAUGUGUGCGUGUUUGUCAUGAGCGUGUCGUUUACGCAGACCGGCUGCUCGCGGUGUGACGAGGCAUGUGUUAGCGUGAGGUGUGGCGUUGCCAUGGGGUCGCUAUGGGGACGGGAGCGAGUGUGCAAUAGUGUAGAGACGCUCAGCUUGACAUCGAGACACAGAAGCAGAGGACGCCGUCCAAUUUCUCACCACCGCUCAAGAGCGACUAGUUAUUCUGGGCUGAGCCCUUGAACAGGACAGACUGUUUUGCGCCUAAAUGUCAUGAGCUAUAAAAAGUUUUUUAGCACUCAGUAGCAAUAGCAAUAGCACAACAUCAAAUAUAGCAAAAUAUCUCCAUUUAUGGCUGACGUAUUUAAUGUGGGAUUACAUUUUACAUUUAACACACUUCAUGCAUAAUACAUAUGACUUGAAUACAUAUUUCUAACAGUAACUAGUUAAUAUACAACCAAUAUCGAGUUGCAAGCCUCUUGCAAUUACCUGUCCAACGGUUUCAACAAGUAUUGUACUCUACACUAUUUUGUAUUCUUUUUAUUAUUAUUUAUUCUUUAUUGUUGUUAUUUAAGAAUAAUAGUAAAGCCAUCAAAUUAUUAAAUCACACAGAUAUAAAUAUGUUAUUUAUGUGUGAUUUUGGGAUUUAAGCUGCUGCUUUUUUAUUAUUAUUACUUUUAUCAUAACUUUUGUAAUUCUUAUUUAUUCAUUAUUUAUUAUGUUCAGGAUAAUAGUAAAACAGAUAGAAAUAUGGGAAUUAUGCAGUUACCAAAAUAUGCCGCACAAAUGAGCAAUCUUGGAUUUGAGCUUUUUCUGUUAUAUUAUUACCGUUACAUUUUUAUGUAAGCGCCAUUUAAAUUUGUACACAAAGACAUUUGCGGAAGCAUUUGGAACAAAAGAUGUACCUUUAGAUGGUAAAAUUCACUUUGACGUGUUGAAAUUUUUGACUGUUAGUGUAUUUUUGAUAUUGUAUUGACACCUGUUGGUCUGGAUGUAGCAUUACAAAUAUCACUGUUUAUUAAAAUUAAUAUUUGUCAACCAUUUUAAACCCCCCUUAGCUGUUAUAAAAUCACUGUAAGAUUUCACAAAAUAAAACAAAGCAAAUAAAAUGUAAUGAUAUUAAUGAAAACAUUAUUCUUCUGCCAAACAAUGGAGUUCUGUCGAAACGGAAGUCAUUGCAGCAAAGUGGUUGCAAACAUACACAUAUAUGUUCGUGAAGUCAAUUCCAAAACAACUUUGAACAUGGCUCAACCAAUCAGGUUCAAGGUUUGGAACUAUUCACUUUAUUAAGAGCGUUUUUGAAGGCCAAAGUGGGCAGGGCUUGUCAGUAUGUCACGCCCCCAUAAUAAAAAUGGGUGUGACUUGGGUGGUGCUGAAACCACGCCCACCUGAUAGUAGUGACAAGUGGCCAUGCACUUAAUUAUGCAGAAAUUUAAGACUUAAACUUUUCUGCUUAAAAGUUAGGCAUGGGGUGUCUAUGGUACUGAUUCCCUUUUGGAGCCAGUCUCUAGUGGCCAGUUAAUGGAUCGCAGUUUCAGUUGUGUUUCUAAUGUGGCUUUCGCGUCGAAUUCAAGAGAGAGUCUGUAAGGUCGCCACUUCCAUGGCUCCACCCUGAGGGUGCGCUGCUGCUUAGAGUAAAGGUUUUUGUGUGAAUUUAUCGUAAUUUCAAUGUCUUUAGCUGUUAAAAGUUGUAUUACUGCUGUAAAGCAGUGAACAGCAAGUUGAAUAAAACCACCAGAAGGCCUCGUAAUGAUUUUCAUCCACCCAGUUCUAGACAGUCCGUGCCGAGGUGGAUCUUUGGCAGAUCUGAGGCUGCAAUGCAGUGCGUCUUCCAGACUGUAUUUAAGGGUCUGCAGUACAUCUGCUUUCAGCUGAGAGCCAUCUCAGAUCAGUGGAGCGUUUAAUAGAACGCUCUAAUGUGCUCGAUGUAAUCAGAUAAUAGUACCACUUAAAUUGUGUGUGUGUUUGUGUUCGUCUCUAUAUCCUAGCCUUUAGCGUACACAAACGUUGUGAGGCAACAUCUGCUGAAGGUGUGCUCAUAUGAGGCAAACUUGAGCACGUUUUCAGUGUGUGUGUGUGUGUGUCGGGGUCACCUUGUUUCUUCGCUUCACCAAUCGAAGCCGGUUGACCGUCGUACGUGUGUGUUUGUCACUGCGUACACGUGUUAGCGGUGUUGCUGUCACACUUAAUGCUGCUGCUGACUGGAGAAAGUAAAUAUUGAAUCGGUGUUUGAGUUCUGUUUAACUGUUUAACUUCUGUACUGUGUGUCAGACAACAAACCGCAUUCAGAGACACACGUUUACAAUAUUAUAGCUGCUUGACAUGUCAACAUCUCGCUCAAGCAAUGUGUGUGAAUUUGGGUUACUUUUAUAUUGAGAGUGGAAAAGCCUAGUAACAAGAACAAUUUAGCAACCACCCUAAGCAUCUUAACAAUGGUCCAAAACAGCCUGGUAUCCACCUAGAAAACAUUGACAAUACUCUAUACAGUCUAGCAUCUGCCUAGAAACCAUUCUCAACACCCUAGCAACCAGCCUAACACGCCAGCAGAACAGGAUUACAAUCAUCUUAAACACUUAACCUAACAAGGGUUAAAACAUUUAAGCAUCCACUUAGAAACUAUCCAAAACACCCUGACAACCAUACUCAACAGCCUAGCAACCAAACACUUAGAACAUUCUAGCAACCACCCAGAACCUAGAAACCAUACAAAACACACCCCAGAAAAGCAGAAUAUCCACCUAGAAACUAUACAACAUGCCUUAACAGCACUACUGAACACCCUAGUAACCAUCAAGAACAGCUUUGCAACUAUCUAAAACCGCCAAAUAUCCAUUCGUAACAACCUAGCAACCACCAAGAACAGCUUAGCAUCCAACUAGCAACUACAAAGAACCCGCUAGAACAGCCUAUCAUGCAUCUAAAAAUGACACCUUAACAAGGUCCAAAAUGAUGCUAGAAUCCACCUAGCAACAACUCAGAACACAUCCACAGAGAAUUCACCUUGAAAACAUCCAAAACAACCAUACUUAACACCAUGGCAAAAUCCACUCAGAACAUCCCAGAAGCUUCCGGAACAGCCAAACAACCAUAGCCCAACACCCUAGCAACCAACCCCCCAGAACACCCAAGCAACCCGCAAGACCUUAGCAACCAUUCAAAACAUCCUAACAGCCACUCAGAACCACCUAAAACCAUCCAGAACAGCUUAACAUCCACCUAGCAACCAUCCAUAACACCCUAGCAACCGCAACUCAACCACUCAAGACUACCUAGCGUCAAGGCAGUAUGUUUUGUGUUUGUCAAGUUGUUUCUGCAGUUUCAUUUGGUGCGGUUAGCAGUACACAAAUGACACUUCAUCUGUUGUGAAACUCAUUAUUUAGUAAUUCCAGAAUGAAUCCAGUUCAUGCUGCAGGAUGAACAUGUUUACGCUGCACACUUGAGCUUUAUUUAGUUAUUCUCAUAAGACUCAGUCAGCAGUCUGAAGUUAGUGUGUGAUGGCCACUGACCCCUGUGCUGACCAGCACCUUUGCUCCACUCAGUGUGUGUGUGCGUGUGUAUGCAUGUGCAUUCACCUGUGUGUGUGUAUUAUAGAGCAGUAUAUUUGUUUUGGCAGUCAGUGUCACUUUGAAUUAUUUUCUGCUUGGACCUUUUUGGGGGAAACUGAGCUAAAGUUCUCUCUUAUACACACACACACACACACACGUCCAAAGCAUUGCAAACAUAUGCAAUUGUUUUUCAGCUCAUUACCCAGCAACAAUGAUUUCAGUUCUUCAUUUUACCAAAUUACUGAUUUAAAAAACAAUUUUUUCACAUGCCUGAACACGUCACGCAUAUCCCACACGCACAGCGGCGGUUUCUGUGUUCGCUCCUACACACACACACACACAUUAUCAGAAAGACAAAUUCACGGGCCGGUGCCGUACAUCAUUCACUCCUCCGGUCCAAUUAGCUGCUCCUCAGAAAUGAGUGUGAGAAGGGAAAAAAAAUUAAAAAUGAGUUUAGCGCAUGUUUGCAGUGGGUUGCAUCAUGCAGGUCUCAGUCGGAGGUGUUCGACUGAGCAGCUGUUGAACUGAACAUUUCAUUGCUCAGCGCUCAGUUCUCAAUUAUUGGCCAUGUUUUAUAAAGCAUCGACUUCUUCCCAGAUGUUUCUCCUUAAAAUGAAUAAAGGUGGACGCGGAUCGUUCGCUCUUGGGAGCAUGGGAUGAGAAAUGUUGUAGCUCACCAUGAGGUCUGUGACUUCUUGCUGGCAGGCUUCGGAUCUCAUUUUGAAACGUCGCUGAGAUCUCUGCUAAAAGAGAUCUUUCUUUCUGACUUUCUGAGAAAGAUCGGCAUCUGUCUGUGUCUCUGAGAAAUAACUGAGACAGUAAAGAGACCUGGUUUGUGAUUGCACUAAAAAAUGUAAGCCGGUCGCGCUAUUGAGCUCAAACCAUUAGCAGGUGAACAUCGUGCUGUUUGUGGAGGUUUUUGGGAUUGUAGCUCUAGAAAAGAUGUUUAGUAGCGAUCAAAAAGGCUUCAUCUGGUCUGUGGAGGUGUAGAAACUUUCUGUCUCUCUCUGUUAUCAGAAGGGCUUGACUAGAGCGGGGUUGUUUCUGUGGUGUGCGUGAUGGUCAAUCAUAGCGUGAUUGUGACAUAUUCCAGCUCUUCUGACAGAUUGCUGUCCGAAUCGUGUCUGUCAGUUUCUGGAUCUCUCUCUCUUUAUCUGUCUCACUCACUUCAGCUCGGUCAUUCCAGCUCCGGCUCCCCGCGCUCUUCUCUUUAUUGGUUUGCAGAGCUGUCCUUCAUAAAGCUUGACUCCUCCCUGUCAGGGUUUCAGUGCGACUUCUUCUGAAUGACGUUAAAAAUGACGCUACAAGUAAUAAUUCUUCUCUUUCUGUUUCCGUUCGACUCUGUGUGUCUGUGUGUGCGUGCUCGGUGUUUUUUGUUAUUCUUGAUCAUAAAUGUUGACGAUAAAUGGGAGAAGUCUCCUGAUUUCACGUUUUUGAAAAACUUUUUUUGUAAAUAACUGAGCAAAAAUGGAAGAAAACUAUUGUACAUGUUUCCGUUCGUCACUUGUACUUAAAGCAGAUACUCCUGAUGAACCGCGUGUUGAUGACGAACCCCCGAUUGCUCUUCUUAAACGAGGGUUUUUCACAUCUGUCAUGUUUUUGGUGAGGUUGAGGGGAAAUGAAGGAGCGAGAAAGCAACAGCCAAUCAUCUACUAUGACAUCACACUGCCAAACCCAAGCCAUAAUUUACCCACAAUUCAAGCAGGCGCCCUCCGGACCUUAUCGGGUGUUAUUUUUCUCUCCUCGUUGAAAGCCAAAACACUUCGAAGAGGUGACAUUACAGCCAAUCAGAACAUAUUUGAUGUUUAAUAAUAAAGUAACUAGUGCUAUUUUGAACCAAUGAGAUUUCGCUGUGGGCGGAGCUAGAUGGUGCAAUGCAAUAAUAAAGGAGUCUAAUUAAAGGAGUCUUCUUGAAUAAUAGCAGAGGUUAACAAUAUAAUAAAAUGGUUUCAAGUUUAUGAAACCAAACAAAUAUGUUUUGACAAACACACAAUUAUUACAAAAUGUAUACAAUUCUAUAAACGUGCAUUUAAAUGGACAACAUUUUUAACAUAGGAGAGAUUGAGGUUAUUUUACACAUCUGGGUCUCUAAAUAGUGGCGAAAAUAGAAGUUGGAAAUGUUGAGCUUUAAAGAGUUGCAUGCAAUCAUUGUCACACUUUGUUGAGUUUGAUAACGUCACCACUUUGUUUUAGUUUGAUGCGGGUUGCAUCUGUUUUCCAAUAUUAGCGCAGCUAGCGCACAGAGCUGCGUCAAAACAGCAUGACGACGGCCAGCUGAGACAGAUCCCCGCUCGCUGCAGUCCAGCAUGUGUAGAACAAGCACACACAGCCUGUCUGCGUCCCAUAUGCUGCUGCAUGGUGUGUUUGGCAGGGCUUGUCAAUAUCUUCCGCCCCAUCUCUCUCUACGCAGAAAAUUACAGCCAAAACCCUAUAAACCGAAGCCCUCUGGCCAAAUUUCUCUCUAAUCCGAGUCCUGAUGAGCUGCUCGUAUGGUACUUGCUAAGGCAGGCAUCAUCGCUAUUGCUCAAUCUUAAGGUUGGUUAGUUGAACGCACCUGUAAUCCUCAGGAUGAGAUGCUCACACAUAACGUGUGAGCUCCUGGAGAUUUAACAAAUAGCAUAACAAAUUGCUAAAACAAUGUCCAAAAUACCUGUCUGCUUGAUUUUGUGACAUGCAUGUGGUCAAAAAUUGCCCAAAAAUGUGCAUGGUUGUUAUCAGAACUCACAUGACUUCAAGAUUUAAAGCUUUAACACAAAAAGCUACAUUUAUGUUAAGGUCCCCGACCAUAUUUCGACACCAGAAUAUUGUAGACACAUUAGAAAUCAUUAAAAGAGCAUGCCACUAUUUUUUACUGUUUUUGAAUGCAUGCAGUUGAUCAUGCACUUUUGCCUAGAUCAUUGAAUCGUAUUAGACCAUUAAUUUAGAUAACUUAUUUAAAACUUGACUCUUCUGUAGUUACGUCGUAUACUAAGACCGACGGUGAAUUUAAAUUUGCAAUUUUGUAGGCCGAUAUGGAUUCGAAAAUGGUAAAACUCAGCUGUUUAAAAGUUGGAAAAUGAGCCUAUUUUCAAAAAUGGAGACGUGUUCCUUUAAAAUCGUCAGGCCAACUCAAAUUGCGACUUUUUUCACGAGCGUGAGAAUUCCAGUUACAAUACAUUCUAAUAAUCCACAGCCAAUCGUAUCUGUUUUACUCAUGCUCAGCACUUUGAGUUUAAUGCAGCCUCGAAGCCACUUCUGUUACACGCACAUUUUAAUUAUGAGGUUUAACCGCAUGUUGAUUACGUUAGAUGGAGGAGUGCUGACCGAUAAAAGGCAACUCUAAUAAUGAAACUCUCGCAGACUCCAAUAAAACAAGCAUUUGUUCUGAAUAGACUAAGAAUAUUAUUUCACCCGUCUGGAGGGCUUACGUCCUUCUUGCUCACUCUCAUUCCCCCGAUACACCUCACCGGCGAAGAACGCUUUAAGUCUCAACACUCGCUCGAUGUGUACAAUCUGACUCAAUGUAUUUAUUCAUGUAUUUUUUGCCAACUUUGUACAGUGUAAAAAAAAAGCAACCUAUAAAUCUAUGAAGAAAAACAGUACUGUAUAGAUUAGCUGCCUGUGAGCGACUCACAGAAUAGUGUCGAUAGAGGUUAACAGCAUAGACGCGAUCUAAGCCAGUAAAACAUGCUUUCUGUAAAUGCAGAGAGAUGCCACAUGUUUUUAUAUCCUUGCUUUCUUUCCUCGUUGUCAUUCGUUUAUUUCAAUGUUUUUGUAAAUUACCUAGUGGCAUCUUACAACGCGUGUUGUUUCCUUUCUAUUGGUUGUUCGUUUGUUCGUACGUUGUUUGUUAAUGAACACAGCGAGGUUCAGGCGCCCGGGAGAGUGCUUGGGAACGCAGAUCGGCUUUCUAAGGAUUUGCAUCCAUCUUCUCCUUCUUCUUUUGUGUUUAAGAUCUAGCUCACCUGUCUAAGAUGUUAAACCACUUAUGUAGUUAAUAACCACAUUUUUGUGUUCUACGCUGACUACAUUUCAACUUUCCCUGCCCCUAUAUUUUCAUACUUAACGAAAACUGAGGCAAUGAUAACAGAAGUUGACUAGCGAUUAGUCAUAUUGUUUUUUGCAGUGUUUAGUUGUAAUCUGUGCUUGUCUUCAGUGUGUGUUUAUUCAUGAGAUGUUAUAUACUUUUGUGCAAUGAAGUGUUGAAGCUGGACUAGUGUUUCAGAUGCCUCGCUCUUCCUAAAGCUCUUCUGCUGAUCUCAUACUUGUUAAAAAACUUCAAACAUUCCACGAACGCUUGGACAGAAAGCCACUGUAGAGUUUUUAAAAGGCGCACUCUUAAAAAUAAAGGUUCUAUAUUGGCGUUAGCAGUUCCAUAAAGAACUUUCCAUUCCACAAGUUUCUUUGUAGUAAAAAAUGGUUUGUAGAGCUGUUCAUCACACUAAGAAAAAAAAAAUCACUGAAACUGUUCGCUGGUUCUUCUAUGGUGUUAUGGUUUCCCUUUUGGAACGUUUAUUUUUAAAAGUGUUGCACACGAAGAUCACUACUCCUGAAAAUGCUCCUAAUGUUGUGUCUACACCCUUUAACAGGGUAAAAAAGGAAGUUUGUGAUCUAUUGUGAUCUAUUUUUCCAGAGCUGGUGAAUUUGUUUCUAUAGUGGGCAGUAGAGAGUUUAUUGUUUUCAGGGGAGCCGUGGCUUGAGCUUGAGGUGUCUUUGACGUUUGUCCAGCGGUGUGAUAGUACAGCGUUCCCAAUUUUGAGCCUCUCCUGUUUUUUUGGCCGAGCGGACUGUGAACUUAUUGGUUGAAUUUCUCUUUUUCGUUUUCCUGUCCCACCCGAACCCUUCCAUGUGACUGGAUGUGAGGGUGGGCGGAGCUAAGGAGCACAGUUCUUACUAUGUUCCAUAAUAAAAUAGACUAAAUCAUUUGUA